AUGGUACGAACGAAUGUGAGAGGUUCUAAGUUUCAAAGAGUACUAUUGUACCGUUUCCGUCCCAACCGCCGCCAAGUUACCCGUGAUAAUGACGCUGACAAGAAAUCCUCUGCGAACACCAACCAGGUGAAUGCAUCACCUGACGGCCAAGGGAAGAAACCGCUCAGAGGAAGAAGGCAGGGUCGCCGUUUCCGUGGACGUCGUACCCGACAACCGCCAGCAGACGAAGCAAACGGUACAGUUCCUGCCACUGAUGGACAGGUGACAACAAAUGCUGAAGCUACCGGCACUACAACGGGGAAGCCAAGCGGUCCAAGACGCCGUGGCAACUACUUCAAUCGUCGUUUUAGACGCCAGAGCAAGAACGAGCCUAAACGUGAAGGAGGACCUGAAAUUGAGAGUCUUAAUGCGUCGGAUUCUGGACACGCAACCGAU